AUUUAUUGCGUUUCUUUUUCAUUUUAUUAUUCAAUCCUUAUAUGUUUUCUUUUUGGAGCUUCACAUAUGUUAUUGUUUUUUGUGCAGUGCAGAUUGAGAUCGUAUUGGCUACUAUUAUUCAUAGUGAUUAAGCAAUUGGUAUCAAAAUAAAAUACUUAAUAUAGUGGACACGCAGAACAUUUAAAUAUAAAAGGAGAACUACUUUCGCGAAAGUCCAAACUUACGCACGGCUAAACGCUUUUCGUUACAUGGAAGAAUAUGGAUGUAUUUCAAAAUAUGUUUGCUGAACGAUCUUGGAGUGAUGAGUGUGAUCAAUUACCUAAUAAGACAACAAUAUUUACCACUGAUUUUAACGGUAUUCCGGAAACUCUUGUACUAAACGUUAUUUCAUGGCUGCUUCUAAUUGGAUUAUUCACCGCUUUACGACAUCAAGCGGGCGAUUAUGGCCGUUUAGCGCUUGUCAACAGUAAUGGUAGCAGAAAGCGUUGGACCGAAGUUUUCUACUCUCGCGCAACAAGUAUGAUUGCUUCACCGCUCCCGCAAGCAUCGACCAGCCGUACACAGAAUGGUACUGAAGAGGGGCGGAGUAGUAUUUCGUUGAGCGCAUCUGAUUCCACUCAAUCCCCCAUUCAAGCAGACCAGGGCUUUUUCGCUUGGAUUAUAAUAACCUGGAAAUUACAAAAAGAACAAAUAUUGAUGCAUACAGGACCCGAUGCCGUACAUUAUUUAUCUUUUCAGAAGCAUCUUAUGACUGUAAUGGCUAUAGUUACGUUAGUUUCAUUGAUCAUAAUAUUACCGGUAAACUUAUUUAGUGGACCGAGUGAAGGCAGAUCUGAUUUGAAUGCAUUUGGCCAUACGACUAUGGAAAACGUACCCUAUGAAUCUCCAUGGCAGUGGGUACAUGUUAUUGUAACAAUUAUCUAUGCUCCUUUAAUCGUGCUGAUAAUGCGAAGAUCUUCUGGGCGAAAUGCGUUUAAAACAGCAUCUACACGUACCAUUAUGAUAUCCAAUAUAUCAGCGAGUGAUCGUAAUAAAACAGUUAUACGUCAUUACAUACAAGAACUAUUUCCUGAUGUUAAUAUCGAGGACGUGCAAAUUGCCUAUAACAUAUCGAAACUGACAGUGCGAAGUGCGGAGUAUGAAAAGAUAUUGGACGCACGUUUGUACUGUGAAUAUCACCGCGAUAGGGAUACGCUGCAGGUUCAGCCAAAUUUAUGCUCAUGUGCUAAAGAAAACGCAUUCGCCUAUUAUCAACGUGAAGAGCGUAAAUUGUCUGGAGAUGUAGCACGUCUGCGUGCCUCAGCACUAAAUGAGCCACUCGGCAUUGCCUUUAUAACAGUUUCGACUGUGCAUGAGGCACAAAAUAUUGUCAGCCAUUUCACACCUGGCACUUAUAGAAAAUGGAAUUUGGAAUUUGCGCCAUCGCCUGACGAUCUCUUUUGGGAGAAUUUAAAUGUGAGCAAGAGCAAUUGGUACUUUAAAUGGGGAGUUGUUAACUUUAUACUUUUCCUGGCGCUAUUCUUUCUUACCACACCUGCGAUUGUGCUAAAUUUUCUAAAUACCUAUGCAUUAGCCAAAGGUAAUAUAUAUCAGAUAUCACCGGUAGUAUCGGAGUUCUUACCCACAUUGUUGCUGUGGACACUUGCGGCACUUAUGCCCGUUAUUGUUGCAUUUUCCGAUAAAUGGUUGGCGCAUUAUACACGUUCUCUACAGAAUUAUUCCAUUAUGAUUAAAUGUUUUUGCUAUCUAUUACUAAUGAUUCUUAUUUUACCCUCACUUGGACUCACAUCAGCACAAAAACUAAUCGAAUGGUCAAUUAGCAAUGACACCAUACGUUGGCACUGUGUUUUUAUGCCUGAUCGGGGUUCAUUCUAUGUCAAUUACGUGAUCACAGCUGCUUUCAUUGGUACAGCCUUAGAGUUGUUGCGUUUCCCAGAACUGAUUGUUUACAUAUGGAUGUUGUGCACAGCUAAAUCGAAAGCAGAAACGCCAUAUAUACGCAAAUCUAUAUUGAUUGAAUUUCCAUUCGGAAUUCACUACGCUUGGACUGUACUGGUGUUCACCAUUUCAAUUGUUUACAGUGUCUCUUGUCCUCUAGUGAUGCCUUUUGCAAUGAUUUAUAUCUGUUUCAAACAUUUCGUAGAUCGACAUAAUUUAUAUUUCGCUUACGGACCAUCAAAUAUGAUAUCAAGAAAUGGUGGAAAAAUUCAUUCGACAGCCGUCACAAUGACCAAAUUUGCAAUUGUCAUCCUGUUGGUUGUGAUGGCAAUGAUUUCAGUAUUCCGUGAAAGAGGCAAUGCACGUUCUAUCAUACUUUUUAUUACUUUGAUAUUAACAUUGGCAUUAUUUGCAUUAAUGUCACCGAUAAAACGCUGUGCUUCAGUUCCACGUCCUAGUGUUGUGGAGAUGGCUGGUCCGGCGCCAAUUUAUGUACCCGAUGUGUUACGUCCGCGUGCAAUAGCCGCUUCGGUAGCGACUAACAACCAUGCCGCUACCAAUGGCGGCGGCAUCACAGGUUAUGGCUCAGAUAGUGUUUCAGAUUUCGAUAUUAGCUCACAAUGUAGUGUAGAUGCAUAGAGAGAGAGAGAUCGUAGUUAUAGCUAGACACUAACGUGAGAAUGAACGAUGAAAAGUAUUAAUUGAUAUCGGAUAUACCUAGAUGCUAAUCGUUUCUGAAUUUUAUUUCUGAAUUAUAGUCGACAUAUGAAAAACAUUGCUUAAUAAUUGCGAUCCAUUAUGCUAAAUACAUUAUACAUAUAUAUGUAUAUACUAUACUUUUGAAAGAAAAUUCGAAUGUAGACUUUCUUAUGUUGUAAUAUUCGCUAAGAAAUAAAUCAAAUUUUGAGCACAUUAAGACAUAAUAGUAUCAAAAAAUUAUUACCGAAUAAGGUUCAUUUUUAAAUUUAUAAAAAGAACAUUCGUACAUUUUUUAUAUUAUUUUUAUAUAUUACUGCUACUGUGUUCAAGGUGGUGAAUUAAAAUUUCUUUUAUAAUUUUUUUUUUUGAAAAGUGCAAUUUAAAGUUAAAUAGAAUAUUUAAGUUUCAAUUAUUUCAUCUUACGAGAUACUUUUGUUUUUAUAUACAAGCUGAAUAACUUAUUAAUUAAUAGCUAUCUGCACCCUUAUGGUUAAAAUUUUUUUAGAUACAUACAUGUUUUUACAAAUGUAGGAUCUACAAGUAUGUUCAUUUUAGUUCUAUAGUAAGGCAAAAAAAUAAUAUAAAAGUUAUUUUUCUAUUUAUAAUACCGAUUUAUAAAUAUCGCUAGACCAUUUAACCCAAUUAUAUAUUACGACUUAAUGGCUCAAUAGUUUAUUUCUUGUUUUGAUUUAUUUUUUAUUAAAUUAUAUCUGAAAUUUAAUAAAUUUGAGAGUGAAGAAUUCAGAUUCACAAAUUUAUUAAGAAACUAAAAAUACGUUGCAAUGUGGUUCUUUUUAGAACGAAAUGUGAUAAUAUAUUAAAAAUGUAGUAAGUUAAAAAUAUAAAUAUUUCCGAUUAAUAACAAAAUUGGCUUUGGCUUUUUUUUUUGCAGCUAUCGAUAUUAUUUACAAAUGUUAACAUAUGUUUUGUAUAAGCGUAAAUGUUUUAUUUGUCAUUUGAAAUUCAUACACAGAGAAAUAUAUUACGAAAAUAUUAUGUAAAUAUGUAUUUAUAAGUGUGAUUGUGAACAUAACGUACGCACUUAAGUUUAUACGCAAUUCACUUAAAUAUAAAAUCUUUUACGAAUAGAAAUAAUAAAAAA